AUGGUGACAAGCCACAUGAUCAAGGACGCUCACAUCCCUUCCAAGCCGAAUGGAUCAAGUGUGUGUCGAGGAUGCCAAGAAGGGAAGAUGGUCCAAAAACCAUUCCCGAGCAACCGUGACAAGCGCACCUACAACACCUUCGAGAUACUCCACUUCGACAUCUGCGGACCCAUGGAAGAAAAAUCUCUGGGUGGCAGCAAGUAUCUGCUGCUGAUCGUGGAUGAAGCCAGCGGAUGCAUGAAGGGUUUUUGUCUGCAUUCCAAGUCAGAGAGCGAAGAGUGCAUCAAGAAGUACAUCACGAUGAUACAGACACAGUUCAACAAGAAGGUCAAAUUUGUGCGACACGAUGGAGCCCGCGAGUUUGCGACGAACUCGCUCCAAGAUUUCUACGAAGUCGAAGGCAUCGAGCAACAAACCACGGUGCCAUACGCACAUCAAGCCAAUGGAACUGCUGAACGCGCGAUUCGAACUAUCGUCACCAUCGGUCGUAGCAUGCUCCAUCAUGCCAAGUUGGACAAGUGCUUCUGGGCUGAAGCGGCAAUGACUUGGCCGUCUAUGUGA